GGGGAGGAUAAGAUUGGGAAAAGGGGAUUAAUGGGAGAUAUAAAGCGAGGUUGCUUGCUUGCUUGUUCAAAUCUCUCGCGAUGUAAAGGUGUCAUUAAAGGCAAGAAGAAAUUUUAAAACCAAUAAAACAAUUAGUAACACGAGAACAAACUUAAGCCACCCUUAGCAACAAAUCAUAAAUAAAAUUCACCACUCAUUCAUCCCAAUCCUCUUCAUCAUUACAGACCCAAAAUUAGAAGAAAAGGAGAAAAGGGAUAAAAAUAAAAGUUUUUUAAUGCCCAAAAGGGUACUCCAAGUAACGCGUCUGGAGGACGGCAAUCAGCUGGCGAGAUGUGACAGUUCGUAACGCAUUCCGGGGGUCGUGGCUGCCCCUUUCUCCCCAUUUUAGCUGAAUCUGUGCUGAAAUAUGUCUCUUUCGGAACAAAAUGGGCCAAUCCUUUUAUCGAUUUAUCUAUCUGGAGGGAUGGGGGAUCGAUUCCUUCCUUCUCGUUACUUAUGCUAAUCAAUUAAGGAUCCGGACAUUCGGACCUUUAAAUGUGAUGGUGGGUUUAUUUUUUUUAUUUUUUUUUAUUUAGGUUGUGAUGUGCGAAAGGGAAUUUUCAUGGAGGUUAUGUGCUGCCUCGGGGUGCGAGGGAGGGGGAAAUCAAGAUAUUAAUACGGUUAACGAAGGUUGAGGAAAUGUUAAUGACUUCACUGUCGAUGCCAUUCCAAUUUCUGAAUUGUGUAGGACUUGUUCCAGCAACAACUCCCGAUCUCCAGCGAACGGCAGAAAUAAUUCCCCUUGCGAAAUACGAGCGAAACGAGUCCCCACCCUUCAAUAAAUAACCCCGCGAGAGACGUCGGCGUCGCCCAAUAUAAUUCUCGAGGCCUGUUUCAGAACAUUUAAAUGUACCCGAAGGAGCGGGGGUCGUGUGUAAUCUCGCCGCCUCUCGCGGGAUCUCGCCGCUUCUCGGCCGCGUCACGUGACCAGAGAGACGUUUAUUUUUUCCCACCACAAUGGCGCCAAGCCCUAUAUGUACAUUUAGGUGUAAUUUUAGUCUCUUCCGCGGCGGUUUUAGCGUUGUUCACCGAUGUUUUAGGAUGUAAAGAUAUGCUGUGUGUGCUGUCCCAUAUGAAAGGUGUUCGUAAGAAUCCCCUAUAGAGGACUGGAGAUUAUGACAAGUUAAAAAUGUCGGCACGAAUCAAGAGACAGCUGAGCAAGGCCUCGGGAUCGGCCGAGGGGGGAGGGGGCGCCCCGUCUGCCGCUGCUCGCAAGAAGCGCCGCAUUGACAACUCCGGCUCUGAUGAUGAAGAGCGAUCUGUGUGGACGCCCAAACAUUUGGGUGACCUGCGGGCAUACAACCGAUCAGCAUCUGAGGCUCCUGCCGAGUUAUUCCGCAAGGAUCUUAUAUCUGCCAUGAAACUUGCGGACAAUGAGCCACUAACAUCUGACGAUUACUGGGGCAUUGGUGACCCGUGGAAGCAAGAAUGGGAGCGAGGAGUCCAGGUUCCUGUGAAUCCAGACUCCUUGCCCGAGCCUGCUGUCACCACCACUGUACAAAGACCACGACCAGAGCGUGAGGGCAACUUCAGGCUGACUAAAGACAAAUUCAUCCGUGUGAACCAUGACGACUUCUUUAGCAACGAGCAGCACAUUCUCAGUAAUCUGCCAACCAAAGCAGAGAAAAUGUGCCGUUACGACAUGGACGAUCUUGAUGACAAAUGGCUCAUAGCCUACAAUGGAGAGAGAGCAAGAAUGGGUGCUGCCCCAGUUCCUCCAUUGAUCUUUGAGAUGAUCAUGGAGCAUUUGGAAGAAACUUGCUGGGAAAACAUCCAUAAAAUGCUGAAGACAGAGGAGUCACUCUCCAUCGAGUUCGAUGAGGAUGUUAUCUGCGAUGUCUGUAGAUCGCCUGACAGUGAAGAGGGAAAUGAAAUGGUGUUUUGUGACUCCUGCAACAUCUGUGUUCAUCAAGCUUGUUAUGGAAUAACUGCCAUACCAUCUGGCUCCUGGCUUUGUCGCACGUGCUCGUUAGGCAUAAAACCUGAUUGUGUUCUCUGUCCUAACAAAGGUGGUGCCAUGAAGUCAACAAAAUCAGGUCAGAAGUGGGCCCACGUUGCUUGCGCCCUUUGGAUUCCUGAGGUGUCCAUUGGCUCAGUUGAACGAAUGGAGCCUAUUACAAAGAUUCCAAACAUCCCUCAAAGUCGAUGGGCACUGGUCUGUGUCUUGUGUCGAGAACGCCGAGGUGCAUGUAUCCAGUGCUCGGUUAAAACCUGCAAAACUGCCUAUCAUGUGACCUGCGCUUUCAAGCAUGGCUUAGAGAUGAAAGCAAUCAUUGAAGAUGAAAGUGCCGAUGAUGGUGUGAAACUGAGGUCUUAUUGUGAGAAGCAUAGUGUUGCAAGCAAGAAGGUAGGAUGCGAAGCAGAGAGUGACGCGGAAGAGGGAGCCCCGAAGAAGAAGAAAGACUGGACUUCAGAGCAGAAGAACCAGGCUCGAGCUGCCAAGCUGCGGCAGAUUGAGUCUGAAUUCUACAAGCAUGUUGAUGUCCUGGAAACUUCAAACUUCUUGGACAUUGACUUUGAGACAACCGAGACUAUUUUUAACUACUGGAAGCUAAAGAGACGGGCUGGUUUCAACAAACCACUCUUGACGCCACGCAGUGAAGAAAUAGACCUUCUUUCCCAUCAGCAGGAGCAUGACAUUGAGCGCAUGAAGAUGUUCGUACAGUUGAGGCAGUACUUGGAGAGGGUUCGUAACCUCUGCUACAUGGUCAGUCGUCGUGAGAGACUCUCCAGAUCCUUCCUUAAAACUCGAGAACAGACCUUCUCAAAGCAGGCAUCCAUUCUGGCCAGCAGCAGCAUGAACUUGACGCAGCAGGAGGUAGAUGCAGUGAUGCAGGCCAAUCAUGGUCCUUCUGUAUAUGAUCAGUUGUAUUCCCACCCUAGUGCUCCUAGCCACACGCAAAAGCAUUUCGAAAAGAUUGUAGCUUGCAUAGCUGGCACUCUCACAGAAAAGGUGAAACCCAAGAAGGAACCAGAGAAGAAGGAUGUCAAUGGCCUUAUUAGAACAUCAAAAGACAAAACAGACAAUCCAUAUAAGAAAAUGUACGUCAAUGGGGCGGAACAGCGCCGGUCACGCUCUAGCUCUCUUUAUAGUACUUCUGACUCCGAUUCUUCUCUUGCUUCCACAAAAUGGUCUCUGCCUACGAAAGGUAAUACUCGUUAUUCUGUUUACACAAGUAGUGAAGAGGAAACCAACAAAGAAAAUCACUCAGUCAAGCAGGAGCCCCCAUCCAGUAAGAGCAAGUUACCGUUCCUUGACAGUAGUGACAAAGAAAAGCCUAAACUUGAGACCAUUAACAGACCUACGAGGGGGAGAGUUGGAAGGAGAAGAGGGACGGGGAGAGCUAGUGCCAUUAAGAGCAGGUCGUUCAGAGACCGGAUGCCGCACGGCUCGAGUGAGGAAGACGUUAAGAAGUUUGAUAAUUUGAUAACUGACAAAACUGUUAAAACAGAAACUAAUGCCUCAUCUUCAAAGACAGUGAGGGAGCGUCCCAGUGUAGAUACUUCUGAGGAUGAGGCAGAACCAGUAAGUAAACCCAAACCACAACCCACCAAAAGAAGAAACAAAAGGAAGGUGACGCCAUCUAAGUUAGACUCGAGUGUAAGUAGUGAGGACGAACCAGUGGUGACAGUGGCUACAGCAAAAGAGAAAAAGCCCAGUCGUCGGGGCAAGUGGUCUAAAAAUAUUCUGAGUAGCCAGACUACCAGUGUAAGUUCACCAGUAUCUGAAAUUCCAAAGUUGGAGCUUAGUGAUGAUGAUGAACUGGGUCCUCCCACCUACAAGCUGUCCAGUGACGAGGACAACAACAGUGAAAAGAGUAAUGAGCCGGCAGUGAUGAGCAGUGAUAUCUUUGGUGUAAGUGACCGGACAGACACUAGUUCUGACAAUGGUCGGGAUACGGCUUUAAGUAAAGGACCAAAGAAACAUGAUAAGAAGAAUGAAAGUAGAAUAAGUGAUAGUGAUGUGAACAGUGAUGAUGAAAACAAGGAAAGUACCACAGAUUCUCAAAACCAUGCAACACUGAAGACAAAGGCAGCUAAGAAAGAGUUUACUCCAAAGAUUGAGGCAAAGGCAGAGAGAAUGAACAAAAAGAAAACAGAUAAAGUUGGUAGAACAGUAAGAAAAACAGCCAGUGCUGAAAGAUGUAAAAGUGAAACAAGACAGUCAGAAGAAAUUGAUGUGGAACAUGGAGUCACCAAGAGCGAAGUUGAAGCAACUCCAGGUCAUAUGUUUGUGCCACAGAGGAAAGCUGCAAAGAAAGCAUCGGAACUCAUCACUAGUCAGAAUACAACAAGUACUUCAACCAGUGCAACUGCAGGUACAGCUGGACCAGCAACUGCAGAUGUGGCAGAUGUUAAGAAAUCUGUAGGGAAACCAGUCAAGGAGAUAAAGGAAGAUCCAGACGAGCCUGAGAUCAUUGAAGAGAAGAAGGUACUGGAGGAGAAGAGAAUAACACCCACUAAAGGAAGGAAGAGCAAGAGCACAAAGGAAAAGAAUGAGAAAGUCAGUGAAGAAAAGAGUGAAUCUUCUGAUGCUCCCAAGAAGAACCUCUUUGAGCCGCCAGAAAUUCUGCCGUAUGUCCCAAUGCGGCAGGCUGCUAAGAAGGCUGCUGAAAAUCUGAAGGGCGGCAACAGUAAGGCAGGAACAGCUGCAUCCAGUGGCACAGAGGAGUCCGAGUUGCCAACAACAACUCCUGUUGUAUCACCUAUUAAAAACAAGAGAAUCUCACGGAUGGAAGGGAAGUCUGGGCCAAGAUCAAAAUCUAAAUCUCCUCGUGCAGCUAAGCCUGUAUCGUCAGCUACUGUUUCAGACUCAGGCUCAGAAAGUGAUUCUGAUUUGAAGUUCUCCAAGUCUAUAUUUUCUGACAGUGAUGAAGAGAGUGUCAUCAAAAAAGACAAAGCUGCAAAGGAUAAAACUGAUCCUCUUACUGAGGUCUACAAAGAAGCAAAGACAGACAAGCAGUUUUUUCGUGGCGACAUCUAUAUACGACCAUACCAAAGCUCCUCAGAUGAAAACGAGGAAGGAAGACCAGCCACACCCGGAAGAAAAUCCCUCCUAUCUCACACUUCUAAAUCAGCUGGUGAUGAGUUUCCAGAUCUCUCCAAAAACCAGCUCUUUCGAGGCCCCUCAAGCAUAUCAGGCGACUUACACCUCACCUCUGACAGCGAUGAGAGGGAGGAUGAGAACCAGGAACCGGCAGCUGGAACCCUCCGGAAGGCCCCUGACAAGAAGCUUAAAACUUCCGAAGGGCGGCCUGAACAUGGGUUUCAGCCGCCGAUUACUGAGAGAAGUGAAUCCGGAAUGUCCAAUGAGACGGAAGACCAUCGUUCUAAAUCACCCACCAGAAGAGAGACUGGAUUGGAGUCAAGAUUACGUCAAAGUGGGCCUCAGUGCAGACCGAGAACUCCUCCUGGUGAUGUCUCCGUGCAAGACUUCAGAAGUAACUCUCAUGCACCAUCGAGAGGACGAAGAAGAGGAAGAGAGAGAGAACCGGUUCCACUCUCCCAAGACAUUGGCACCAGUCAUAAACUCCAUACCAGAAGAGAGGUACAGUCUGAGGAGACACUCAAAUCCAUCAAAAAGACCCCAGAGAGAAGCAGCCAAGAGAAAUCUGGCACCUCCAAAGGAAGUACCACAGAAAAGGAGGAGACACUAAAGGAGAAGGAAGUAGUACAAAGGGACAGAAAGGAGUUCCUGAGAGAAAGGAAAGAUCCAGUUGUGGAAAAGAAGGAAGUCAUGCAAGGGAAGGAAUCAUUACAACAAAAGGCAAAGAAUGAUUCACUAAGAGAUAGAGCAGUUGGUGGAAAAGAGAAGCAGCUUGUUUUGCCUGGAGAUAAGGAAGUCAAAGCUGCAGAGAAAGAGUUGUUACCUGAAAUAACGAACUUACAAGGAGAGAGUAAUGAAAUUAUAAUAGAAAAAGAGGUUCAUAAAGAAAAGAAAGAGUCUCAGAGAGAAAAGGUUUUAUCACCCAGAGAAAAAGUGGUAUCCCCCAGAGAAAAGGGUCUGUUCCAAAGGAAGAAGGUUUUGUCUCCAAGAGAGAAGGUCUUGUCUCCAAGAGAGAAGGUUUUGUCUCCAAGAGAGAAGGUUUUGUCUCCGAGAGAGAAGGUUUUGUCUCCAAGAGAAAAAGUUUUAUCUCCGAAAGAAAAAGAAGGAAUGGUCCCUGAGAAAGCCAUAUCACCAAGAGAAAAGAAAGACAGCCUAAGAGGAAGAGACACCAGUAGAGAGAGAGGAGAGUCACCCAAAGAGAGAAGAGAACCAGUCAGAGACAGUGAUUCUCUUGAAGAAAAAUAUGACAAAGAAAAGGAAUCUCCAAAAGACAAAAUAGAAACAGCUGAAGAAACCAUGCCUGUACCAUUUAGUAAGCCAGAUCUGCUAAAUGAAAUUGUUGAACCCUCAAGAGAAGCUGUGGAUAUCUUUGGACAGAGAGAAAAAUCUGCUGAGAAGGCUGAACCUGUUCUGGAGAAAGAUUGCCAGCAGAAACAAACAGAACAACCUGCCAGAGAAGAAGAUUCGAGAGUGGCAGCAGAAACCCCAGGUGACAAGAGAGAGAAGGAUGCAACUCCAAAACCAGUAGAAAAUGUGAAGAGAACAGAACAGCAACAAAAGUCUGGUGUGUUUGGAUUCGUGGGUGUAGAUUUGGAAGUUGAAAGAUUAGAUGAUAUUGUUGAAACAUCAGAUACUGAACCAGAACCCAAGAAAGUUCGAAUUGGGGAUAGUGAUGAAGACUCCAUAAAUGUUGUAGGAGAAAAGCGAGUUGAACAGCCGAAGGACAGUGGAUAUAAGAGUGCAAUAACUACACCUGAACCUGUAGAUAGAGUUCAUGCAGUGUGUAAUGACAUGGUAAAUGUAAAUAGUGUUGUAAAUAAUUUUAUGAGUGAUGAGUCACGUUUGGAAACUGUAGAUGUGACUAGCAAGACCCCGGUGGUGUUGCCAACCCCAGUGGAAGGGAAACAAGUGCUUAACAAGUUUGUCUCCCCCACUAGAAGAAAGAAUCUGGAGGAUGUUAUAGGCGAGAUGAAGAGACAGGCUGAAGCACAACCUGAAGUACAGCCAGAAGCACAAGCUGAGCCCACCAAACCUGUACCUCCCCCAGAGAGACAGAAUGAAGUCACAGCCUCCUCUCCUCCUCACUCCCAGGCCAACUCUUUCUCAGUUCCCCCUGUGCCAGAAUCCUCAGUAGCCUCUCCUCAAGCAUCAUCUGCUGAGGCUUUACCUCCCAAGAGUUCAUCCUCCCCAGGUGCUAACUUCAGAGAGCAGUGGCGAGGGCAGUGGGAGAAGAGUCCUCCUCAACCUGAGCAUAAAGUGGAUCCAGGGACUGGACCGCACUUGCCUCCUCACCUUCCCAUGUCUGGCCUUGAGUUAGGCCUGCCCUCCUCCAUGUCAAUGCUUGAUCUGCAACGAGCCAUGUACUCUGCUGAUGCCCAACAUCAGUUGUUCAGCGCCAUUGAUUUUUUGAAUGCCCGUACCAUGUUUACCAGUCAGUUUCGUCAAAUGGUAGAAGCUGGUAUCCAUCCACCUAUUUUCAAUACCACUCUAAUACCAGCAUACUUGCAACAGCAUAGUGCCAAUGAGUUAGCUGCUUUAAGUCAACAGCAGUAUCCACCACCUGCUCGAGAAAAUCAGAUUCCAGAUAAAACAAGUAUGUGUUCUCAGGAAAUGUCCAGAUUGUCAGCACAUGAUGACAGACCUCCAACUCCAGAACUGCCGACAACAGAUGCCAAGGCAGGGAGCAGACAGGCAACUUCAAGCAGUAAAACUACAAAGCCACUAUCUUCUCCAGGUAGUGUGAUGACUGUGCCACCUCUCUCUUCUCCUUUGGCUCAGAGUAACAAGGUAGUCCCAGGUCUUGUUUCUCCUACAACCAGUAGAGGACAACAUACAAGAGAAGAACAACCUUCUCCAGUAUUACCAAACAACAAAAUUGCACAACCACAACCUUCUCCUUCAAGUAUAUAUAAUAAAAAUGAAAAUGUACCAGUUUCUACAGCAUCUCAACCACCGGCAACAACUGUAGCCCCAACAGACAUUUCUUCUACAAGUCAUUCAGUAUUAUCGUCAUCAGUCAGCAGAACAGCGAGCCAGCCUCAAGUAUCACCUCAGUCCAGUAAAUCAUCACAGGCACCUGUCCUAUCACAGCAGUCCAGCAAACCUUCACAAGCUCCUGUAGUAUCACAGCAGUCUAGUAAACCAUCUCAGGUGCCUGUAGUGUCGCCACAGUCCACAAAGCCUUCUCAAGCUCCUGUAACAGCCACCACAACCUCAACAGAGAGCAGUGUGACCAUUACAAAGGUCAGCAGACCCCUGGUAUCUCCGGCGAGAAAUUCUGUAGUUAGUAGCAAGAUGAGUAUUGUCCCUCCUGCUUCAAACUCAAUUGUGUCUGUGGCUAAGACGAUAACUACAACUACAACUACUACGACCACUACUAGUCUAACCUCCGCCUCCGUAAGCAAAUCUCCACUGCUGUCUGUGACGAGCCCCACCACUGUACCCAGUCAAAAGGAAUCGCCAUUGCAAAUUGCUGUUGAAGUACCUGAUUCAAAGAUUGAAACUAUUACAGUAGAUGACAGUGUUCUUCAUCAAAAGGAAGAGCCUGCUCCAAAACGCGUGCCAAUAUACAUGCAAGAAGCCAAGUCACAGAAAGCACCCGAGAAGAAGUCUCCAAGAUCCCAGGCAUCAUCUCCGAGAUGGGUAAACAAGGAAAGCACAAAGGCAAGAGAGAAAAAGGGUAGCAAAGUCAACAGAGCUGCAUACAACAAGGGGCGAGGCAGGAGCACUGGCAAAGGAAAGGGUCGGGGUCAAAGCCCAAGAUUCAACUCUAUAUCAGUGCCCAAAGAGCUGGUUGGAACAGUGUAUGACUUUGAUUUUGACAACGAAUUUGAUGAUGGCCCAGCCAACAACACCCUGGAUGAUUUGCGAAAGUCCAGAGAAAAGCGACAAUCAGUUGACACAACACCUCAACAAUCGCUUACACCAACUUAUACUAUUGAGCACAAAGAGCAAACUAAAAAGUCAAGCAAAAAAUCAAAGUCAUCACAGAAAGAGAAGGGGGUUACCAAGUCAGCAGAUGAUGGUGACAAAGUUGCCAAAAUACUUGAGGAUUACAGGAACACGCAAAACUCCCAGCUACGGCGAAGCACGCACUCUCCUAGUCCACCUCGUGGCGAUGACAUGCUAGAGGGCCCAUCAAAAUCUCCAGACAAAAUUCAAGAUAUCCCACAGUUCACUUCAGAGUUCACCUCAAGCAUUCCUGAAAUCAAGUUUACAAUAUCAAACUUGAGUGAUGUCAGAGAUUCAAAUCCAACAUCAGAGUUGUCUGUCUUGCCUAAGAAUACAGGAGACGAUAGUAGAGUGUCACUGACAGUGCCAACAGCUCAAAUUGGAAUCGAUGAGAGAACAAACCAACUCAAGCUUAAGAUCAAAGGACCAUAUGCUAACUCAUACUCGGCAACUAAUACGUCAGCUGCGCCACAGGAAGCAGUGGGAGCUCCUACUCCAACUUCUACAACAUCAACGUUAAGAAGAAUGAGGAAGAAGGAAUUGAUUCGUCAGUAUUGCUAUCAGGAUCAAAUACCAAAUGAGCCUGCAGACUCUGGACCCAUUAACAGCACUCCAAACCCUCCCCCACAAUUAAGAACUGGCAUCACCAUUCCAAAGGCUGUUGCUUCCAUGCCUUCUAUACCAACACGAGAAGACUACAAAAUGUACACGCAGGAUGAAACCCCAACAGGAGGUGGAGGUGGAGGCAGAAGAAAGAGACCGCCCCGGGAAUUAAGACACUUGGACUGGUCUGUGAUGGAGGACUCUGGGAAGAGAAAUUCGGAAACGACAGAAGGUGGCGAUGUGAUAAGAAAAAGACCAAGAGCGGCAAAGGAAGCUGCAAAAAAUCUAGAUGAAAAAGAUGUAUCAAGUGCCAAACCUCCUCCAAAGUUACGUAUUAGUUUAGGGAAGAAGGGAAGUGAAGUUACAACAGUAACAGCAGACUCCAAAGAUUUUGGUGGAAAGCAGCGGCCGCCUAAAAAGCGGAUUGCUGAAGAAAAUGCGAUGGUGAAGAUCAAGAAUGAUAAUAUGAAAUUUCGAGAGCAGAUCAUGGCAGACUUUGAUAAAGGUGAAAAGAAGAGUGGGGUGAAAGGGACUGACCGAGAAAAGAAAGCCAAGAAACGCAAGAUUCUUCUGGGUGAAAGCAGUGGAGAUGGCAAGGAUGGUAGUUGUGAUGACCAGCACGACGUGAAAGUCAUCACAGGAGACAGUACCAAUGCUCCCAAGUUAGUCAUAAGGUUUUGGAAAGCGAAGAGUGAAAGUUCUAGUGGUAACAAGAAUAUCAAGAGUGAGGCAAAUAAUGCCGGAGGUCACAAAGAGGAGCGGAGUGAUUCGGAUUCUGUGAUGAAUCCAUCCUUAAAAAUUCGAUUAUCGGUGCCUAAACUAGACUCUGAGUCAACGAAGGAAGAGUCCUGUAUUCCUAAAAUCCCCCUCAAAAUAAAAUUUUCGAGGAUAUCAGAUGGCUAUGUUGCUUCCAACACUCCGCGCAAGUUAGAAGCCGACGAACAAGAUCAAGGGCCAGGCCCUCCUGCACCGAAACCUCCUGACCUUCCCCCAGAACCUUUACAUGAGAAAUUAAUUCCUGAAACCUCACAGCCAUCGCCACCAUCAUCAUUACCCCCACCACCGACUCAACAGCAGCCGUUACCGCAACAGGAACAGCAGCAGCAGCAGUACGUACAGCAACCACCACAGCAACCAGUCCAACAUCCCCUAUCUGAGGUGACUGAGUGUCCUCCUCACCUUGAAUCUCGGAUACCACAGGCAGGAAACAUUCCCCUCCCCCUUGGCCCCUAUGACUCCGGCUGGCCACCGUCAUAUAGUGCAGCAGAACAACUGGGAUUACCUAAGAUGGACUACGGCCUCGGCUCCUUGAGUGCGCCGUCGAGAUCAGAGUGUCCAGAGGAAAUGUUUCAGAGAUUAGAGGCUCAAAUAGCAGCUACAGGAGGAACUGUACCAGAAGGUGGAGGCUCCGCCAGCAGUCUCGGCCCCAGACAAACUUCUGGACCACCUCUCCCAGACGUCCCGUCGUUACGCCAUACACUUUACCCGUACAAGGAAGGCUCUGACUGCAGAUGAUAAUUGCUUCUCUUUGAUAGUAAUAACUUUAAUAUUUACAAUAAUGUAACAAAACUACCAUAAUUAUGUACAAAUGUAGAUACCGUUGGUGUUGCUCACUCGAUGCACGAUGUUAGUUACGCAAGGAUUAAAUCACUUGCAUCUCAUAGCCUCAUCCAGGCCGUCAGUUUUGUUCUUUUUAUUAAUGUAAUGUUCUGCACUGUCAUUUGUUAGGGAAAAAUACUCGCUCCCCACAGGGAUUCUACCUUGGUACAGCUACACUCUGUUGGCAAAGAUUGUUGAUGUGAUCGUCGGCCCGCGCGGGACCACCACAGCAUCCCCCUCUCCCCCCCAAGCCAUGUUAUGGUAGUUGUUUACUCACCUGGGGCGUCCCUCAUCCCCACCUUGCUGUGUGUGUGACGCCCAUGGGUCAUUUGCUCCGCCCUCGGUAUCACGUGCUGAUUUUUAUCAAAUGGCCGUUUCAGCCAGGUGAAUUGUGUUGUUUCCUCGCCUGUUUUACUGUCACUUUUGUAUGGAGUGUGAGGGUGGUUGUUGUUGAGCGUGGCAGUGUUGUGGGCACGGCGCCCCCGACCCUUGGCCGGGCCCUGCACCAUCGGAAGGACCCCUGCCCCCCGGGCCUCGGGCGCCGGUCCUGUCGUCCCGGGGAGGACUUGUGUUCCCAUAUUUUGAUAUCUUUUUUACCAUUGUAAAUAGGAAGGAAUGUACAAAUUACUGUAUUUGCUUUUUGUAAUUUUAUUACUUUUGUACAGAUUUUAGUUCUGAUUGCUCAUCAGACAUAACUUAUGUUUUAUCAAAAGUUGGAUUUAUUUAUUUUUUGACUUCUCUAAAUGUCACAAAUUUCCAUGCCAUUACCAUCGAUUGAUAUUUUUUAGAUUUCUUCGCUUUUUAAUUCUACUCUUCUUUGUUGUAAGUACACGUUGUUUCCAUGGAGACUUUUGAGUUCUUUAUGUAAUAGAAGGCAGAAGAUUGUAAUAUAUUUCUUGAUCCCUCAACAGAGAAAUAGUCUUGUAAAUCUUAGUGUCAUGUGAUACAUUAAUAUUAUUGAAAUAUAAAUUUUUUAUGUUAUAUA